AUGAAUAUAUCAUCUACAUUAUCAAAUCUAUAUUUUAAUGAAUAUUACUAUGAACCAUCGACGUUUUCAGCAUAUACUACUGAUCAACUUUAUUAUAAUUACCAGUAUGAUGCAAACUCAACAUCAAUUCUAAAUUAUUCAACAAAUAAUUAUAAUCAACCAACAGCCAAUACAAUUAAAAUUCAUAUUAAUCCUUUUUUCAAACCCCGUUCAUCACAUCAUACUAGUGAAACAUCAACUAAAAUUGAACAACCACAACAUAAUUUAUCUGUAUCUUCACAAAGUCAAAGUCGAUCAUCAUCCUCUGAUCGACAAUUUAUAACAUCUUCUAAUAAAGAAUCAAAAGUAGUCAUUCAAAGAAAACAAUUAACGUCAAAACAUCGUCGUGCAUCAAUCGAUAGAUCGGAAAAGAAAAAAGACAAGUUAAAACGUUUAUAUAAAGAAUAUUCUGAUGAAAAUUUAUAUGAACAUUGGAAACCAUUACGAACUCAACAAUGUUCUGAACUAUAUCAAUAUGCUUUAGACAAAUAUCAUCAAAUAGAAUAG